GACUCUGAUAACUUGGAACACUGGAUCAAGACAGUGGAACAAGCCUCUGAAUGUGCUGUCUCCGAAGUUUUUUUCCUUCGAAAGUCAAGGUAUUCACGGGAGCCUCGUGGUCGUGUGACAAGUUUGGAAACUGUGGAACAGCUGCAAGAUCAUGAUGAGGCCUGUGAAGAAGCCCAAGAACUGCUCAGCAACUGGAUGAAGUCCAAACUGCAGCUGGAGCUGAAGAGUGAUGGGGAAGAGGAAGUUCACUCUGUCCUCCAGAAAAAGCCUUCUGCAGCCCCUCUGAAGUAUGAGCAGUUUGAUGAUUUGUGCAGCUAUCUGGAACAUGAAAUGGAAAGUUCUUCUGUCCAAGACUACAUACAGCAUCUUUUGCAGAGUGAAGCUGUGAACCGUAGAAUAGUGGAAGGCCUUAAACUUGAAGACAUCAAAGAAAGACAAAAAUUUACAGAUCCACGAAUGACCAUGGAGCUCAGACACAAGCAGGUGAAAGAAAACCGAAUAAGACGUCAGAAGGCAUUAGAGCUUCACAGACAAGAAAAGUCCCUGCAGAAAUCAAUUCUGUCUGAGGCCAAGCUCCAAGUACAGGAGGAGGAAAGAAGAAGGGCCCUGAAGGCCAAGAAGGAGGAGAAGGAGAUCCAAAGGGAAAUGGUGAAGCUGCGAAAGGAAAUGGCUGAGAAAAGAAAAGAAAAUGCCAUGGCAGACACAUGGAGAGCGGAGGGAAAGAGACAAGUAAAAAGUCAGAAGCUGUCAAUGCAGGAGGCAUCUAUUACUGCAUCACCACCCCUGGUCCCGAAAAAAGAAGAGCAAGGAGAGGAGGAACAGAGAAAGGCUCAGGAGCUACUGUGCAGGAUUCACACCAAUAAGCAGAGAUGCAUGCAACGACAUUUCUCUGCUUGGCUGAAAGUCAUUCUGGAGCACAGAAUUCAAAUGGGAAAAGCCAGAGCCUUUGCUGACUGGAAAUGCCAACUGAAGGCCCUACGAGCCUGGAGAAACUAUACUUGGGCCCAGAAAGUAGAGCGGGAGACGCAACAAUUGGAAGUUCAUCUCCAAGAACAAAACAGGAAAGAACAACUGUCUGCAGAGCAUUACCAGCAAUGGCUUUUGCGCUGCUGCUUUCUGGCAUGGCAGCGCUGGAGCCAAGCAGAGAAAGAAAAGCGAGAGCUGCAGAUCAAAAGGGAGGAGAAGAAGAAAAAGAUGGCACAGCUGCUGGAGGCAGUGGCAGUGGGGAAGGGUGGUCUGGACAGGCCACUGGAGGUUAACAAGCCUGAGACAGCAGAAGCAAACCAUCAUCAUGAUUUGCAGCAGGACAAGCCAACUGAAAAUUGUCUCAUACAGAAAGAACUGGACCAGACCAGAGACCACUCUUGCUGGGAUGCUGCUCACACAUCUCAUUCCUACAGGAAACCCAAAUUUGCCAGGGAGAUUACCCUAAAACAUGCAGCCCCAAGUACUCAAGACCAGUCUGUGUAUAGGAAUCAAAUAGCCACUCUCCCCCAGCAGUUUCAAGUACCAGGUCCAAAGACAGCUCCUGCUUACGGUAGGCGUUUUGAGCACCGUUAUGCCUUCCAGCAAUGUCUGAUUGAGGAACAGAGGCAGCAGCUUCAGAAACAGCAAGAGCUGAUCCUCGAACUGCAGCAAAAUCAAAGGCUGAGCAGAGCUAAAGAAGAGGAAGCACAAGCCAUGACUGUAGCUCAUCUGCUUAACAACUCUACUUCACAAACCAGGGAAGAAAAAACAGAGAGGGAAAACCAAUCCAGAUGCAAGAAAACAACCCAUUUGAGUCCACCUGUUUCUCACAGGCCAGAAAACACAAGAGCAAUGAUGCAAGGCAGGAGGCCCUCCAUCCAGCUGACGACAGCUCAUCCCAUACUGAAAG